AUGCUGAGUGCGAAAAGAGAACCCAGAAAGAUUUUGCUUUGCUUUAAUUGUGAUUCUGGUAUGGUAGAAAUGUCGUUCUUUUUGGCUCAUGCCGGGACGGAUAAUGUGAUAGGAGAAUCCCUGAGCGAAGUUUGUUUUUAUGAUUUUCGAGACUCAGUCCCGACAAAGAAAGAAAAAGAUUCACCCAUAAAUCCCAGGAAAAAGUUACAUGAGAAAAACACAACACCGCAUAAACCGUUUGCCAGAUCAUUCAUGUCUAGAGAGCAAUUGCACGUGCUUCAACCAGAACACGCAACUUUAAUGGCAAUUGACAUCAAAAAAAGCAGAUGA